AGUGUUUUGUGCGCGUGCUCUCAGCGAGGAGUGUAACACACUCGCGCGACGUGACCUGUUCAGCUGGAGAUACGAGAUUUUCUCUCUCUGGUUGUGAACCUGCUCUGCGCGCGCUGGAAAUGUGCAGCGGCUCGUGAGCUCCGGAGAUCGGCGGUGAGGCGCGAGACCAACCGGCUAACCCUGUGGUCAGCAUCAGAUGGCUUCAGACCCAGAGACAUGUCCUCUGUGCAAGCAGCCCUGCAGCAGCCCCUCCAGCUCCUCUACCUCAUCCUCAUCACCGCUGCAGGUGCUGCCCUGCCUGCACGCCUUCUGCCAGAAGUGUGUGGACAGCCAGCUGCAGUGUCCGUCCUGUGAGUGGACGGGGCAGCAGUGUGAGGACGGGGAGGACCCCCUGCCCAUCACCAACUUCCUCCUGAGUGGGCUGCUGGAGGCUGUGGCCUCAGUGGAAGAAAGCGAGGGGCGGAGUGGGUCUCUGAGUGACCCCCGGCCCGCUCAGUGCAGCCCCUGCGAGGAGGGAAACCCCGCCAGCUCCUACUGCCUGGACUGUCAGGAGUACCUUUGCAGCAACUGUGUGUGUGCCCACCGGCGAGUGCGUCUCACCAGGGAUCACUUUAUAGAACGGCUUGAGGAGCUCUGGAGUCCAGAAAGCAGCAGAGCUCUGGAAAAACUGGAGUCCAGCAAGUUCGAGUUCGGCUCAGCACUGCUGUCCGGCCUUCAGGACCAGGACACUUUCUGCCAUCAGCAUGAAAACGAGGUGUACCGCUAUUUCUGUGAGACCUGCUCUGUGCCGGUGUGCCAGGAGUGUGCCGCCAACCACCACAGCACCCACGGCUUGGUGUACCUGAAGGACGCCGUUCUGGAGUCCAGAGCGCUCACUCUACAACUGCUGAACGAAGCACAGCACGGACGCCAGGCAAUACAGGUGAGCAUAGAGAAGGCCCAGAUGCUGGCCCAGAAGGUGGAGAUGAAAGCGAAGAAGGUUCAAGCGGAGGUCAAAGCAGCCAUCCUGUGCCACAGAAAAGCCCUGGAGGAGAGGGAGUCCGAGUUACUCUGGAAGGUGGAGAAGUUCCGCCAAGUGAAGGCCAAGUCCCUGUACCUGCAGGUGGACCGGCUGGAGCAGCACCUGUGCGAGCUUGACUCCACAGUUUCCGCGGUGGUGCGGCUACUCGACGCAGGCUUUGGAAGUGGAGGGCAUGCCACUGAGCUCCUGCUGGCGCAGGAACGCAUGCUUGCGCAAACUCAAGCCACGCAGGAACUGCGCUCUCUGCUGCGGCCGCAGGAGGACGGGCGGUUUCUGUUCAUGGGGCCUGACAGGGGGCUGCUGAGGGACCUGCGAUCGCUGGGACGACUUGACACGGGGGCUUUUGCUCCUCUGUGUAUCGUCCGAGACAAGGGUCUCCAGGAAGCUGUGUGCAACAAACCCACCUCCAUCAACCUUACAGCAAAGGAUCAUGAGGGUCACUGCCGGCAGGAGGGAGGAGACCCUGUUUCAGGUGUGAUCUUGGAUUCCAACGGCAGCGUUUCCAUUGCAGAGGUGUCUGAUCACGGCAACGGCACAUAUACUUUGACCUAUAUGCCGCAAAGUGAGGGUGAAAGCAUGGUGUCGGUGCUGGUGGGUAACAGGCACGUGGAGGGCAGUCCUUUUUCUGUAAAAGUGACGGCAGGCUGCAAGUAUGGUUUGUCAGGGUUGCCUGUUGCAACUUUUGGAAGUGAGGGUGAAGCGGAGGGGCAGUUAUGUCGUCCAUGGGGCAUCGCGGUGGACUCUGAGGGAUUUGUAAUCGUGGCCGACCGCAGCAACAACCGUGUGCAAGUGUUUGGACCUGAUGGAAGCUUCCAGCAUGCUUUUGGAAGCCUGGGAUCGCAGCCUGGUGAGUUCGAUCGACCAGCUGGAGUCGCUUGUGACCUUCAACGGCGUAUAAUCGUUGCUGACAAAGACAACCACCGCAUCCAGAUCUUCACCUUCCAUGGCCGGUUUCUGUUCACCUUCGGAGAGAAGGGCUCUAAGAACGGGCAGUUUAACUAUCCGUGGGACGUAGCAGUCAAUUCAACCGGCCAAAUUCUUGUGUCUGACACCCGCAACCAUCGCAUUCAACUCUUUAGCUCCAACGGCUCCUUCCUCAACAAAUACGGCUUCGAGGGGCCACUCUGGAAGCAUUUUGACUCCCCACGCGGCGUAUCCUUCACUCGCGAGGGUCACCUGGUCGUCACCGACUUCAACAACCACCGUAUGCUGGUGAUCCAGCCUGACUGCAAGUCAGCACGGUUUCUCGGCACGGAAGGAACCGGCAACGGGCAGUUCAUGCGUCCGCAAGGUGUGGCCGUGGACCGGGAGAACCGCAUCAUUGUGGCCGACUCUCGGAACCACCGUCUGCAAGUCUUUCAGCAAGAUGGAACCUUCCUCUGCAAAUUUGGCACUCAAGGAGACGGCCCCGGUCAGAUGGACUGUCCGUCUGGUCUCGCCGUAACACCAGACGGGUUGAUCGUCGUGGUAGACUUCGGCAACAACCGCAUAUUGAAGUUCUAAGUUCUAAUUUCUUUUUAACUCUUCCAUGUGGCGUCUUUCUAGCCAGUAAAUCAGUAAAUAUGAUUCAAGAAGAGAUGUUUAAAUAUGUUAUUUAUAAGUUUUGCACCAAGACUUACUCCAUGAUGAUCAGUGCUGGGAACAGAAGCUGUAUGAUAAUCAGAAAAUCAGUCAAACAUUUUUUUGACUAAGGACCAGAAGGGUCACUUCUGUAAACUCUCUCAGGGAUUUUGUUUUUUUUUUUACUACUCAGGGUUAUCUAGCUGCUAUCUACCUCAGCAGUAUACUGAUUCUACCUCAUUAAUAUGUCUUUUUUUGUGUCAUUCUACACAUAUACAGUACAAUACAAAUAAAUUCUUACUUCAGGUCCCAAAGCAGAGAGUUUGAAGACCUCUGAGCCACUACUGCCUCCUGCUGUUUGUGAAUAAAAAUGCAAUAUUCCUAUAAAUAUACAUAUACUGGAAAAAAAUAAGAGACCACUUAAAAAUGAUGAGUUACUUCGAUUUCACCAAAUUGAAAACCUCUGGAAUAUAAUCAAGAGGAAGAUGAAUGUUCACAAGCCAUCAAGCCAAAGAUCUGAUGUUCUGGAAUUUUUGCACCAGGAGUAAAGCAGCAUAAAGUUAUCCAAAAGCAGUGUGUAAGACUGGUGGAGGAGAACAUGAUGCCAAGAUGCGUGAAAAAAAAAAAAAACUGUGAUUAAAAACCACCAGGGUUAUUCCACCAAAUAUUGAUUAUUUCUGAACUCUUAAAACUUGAAAUAUGAAUAUGAACUUGUUUUCUUUGUAUUGUUUGAGGUCUAAAAGCUCUGCGUCUUUUUUUUGUUAUUUCAGACAUUUCUUAUUUUCUGCAAAUAAAUGCUCUAAACUGGAAAUAAGCCAAAGAUAUUUAAAAGCUGCUUUGUGAAAACCAGUUAACUACCUCACUUGUCUUCUUAUUCUCGUCCUCUGGCUGUAAUGCUGCGUUCCAUUUAAACUUAGUCAAAAUUUCGUUGUUUCAAAAGUAGAACAUUUCAAAUAAAAAAAUAUGCUUCCACAGGUCUGAUUAUCUACUCUGAUAUGAGGAGAGUCUCACCAAAACUUGAGUUCAGAACCCAGGAUAGCUGCCCUAAACGUUAACAAUGCUAAAAGCAGUUUUAUUAUACAGUUUAUAAUCACUUAUCAAAUGGUAUUGCUAACAUAUUAAUGUUAUAAAUUACUAAAUCAUGUCUAUAUAUAUUUUUGAGAGGACAUUUAGACAAUAAAAAUAUAUAUAUACAUUUACCCAUAUAAAACUUAACAUGUGUCUAGGAUCAGUAUUACUUUUUGAAUCACUAUAAAAUAGAAUAAAAUCGAAAACUCUUUCAUAUAUUGACAUGCCAAAAAUCAUGGGACAAGGUGUUAUCUGGGUCCCAGGGUCUCUGAGACCAUUUGGGGACACCCAGAUCUGUGUUAGUUGUGAGGUGUGGGAGGUGUUAUCUUCUGAGAGAGGCUGAGCACUGGCCAGAUAUCCCACAGGUCGUUGCAGCAUUGUUUUAAGCUUCUAUUGAACAUGGCAAAAGUCAUGGGACAGUAUAAUAGUCACUGUCUCAUGCACCCCACACUUAACCUCAACCCCACACAUCUACAGUAUUAAAAGCAGUUUAAUUAUACAGUUUAUCAUCAUUUCUGUUUAUUAGUGUCUCAUUAAAUCAGUACUGGUCCUACACACAGUAUUGUAUAGAGUGAUUUGAUUGUGCAAAAUACUGUAUAAGACUUUAGUAUCAACUGGUAUUGCUAACAAUGCUAAUCUGGGACAUUAAAAAUUGGACAUUUUGCUUGAAUUCAUCAUAAAUCAGCUGUCUAAAGUCUUUUAAACUGUUUUUUUUUUUUGAAAAUGUUUUGAACUUGUUAAUAAUGUAAACUUAUCAGAAAGUUGAACAGAAUUAGUGUUUAAAUUCGGGGGUGACGUCAUCCCCAGCGCCGACAUCCGAGUUCUGAGGUAAAUGUAGCGCAGCAUAAGUGUGAUCUCAGUCCUGGGGGAAGAACGAUGAGCUCAGGGAAGGAGGUGAAGAUGCUGACAGCUCUUUCUGCCGCGUGUUGGUUUGAACUCCUCGAUCAAUCAUACUGAUGAUGCAGGGGUUGUGCUGUGUCUAAAUAUGGUAGAGAGAAGUUGCUGUGACUCUCUCUCUCUCACUUUUACACACAGUCUCUCUGCCACGUUUGGACUUUAAACAGUUCCUAUGCAGUUUUUCUUCAGUCAAACUUUAAUAAAAAACAAACUUUCCAACUU